AGAAAGAUAUGCCAUAGCAGUUUUGAAAGGUGAGAGUGUCGUUCAUGGCCAUUGGGUUUAGCUAGCGGCGGUGUGACAGUUGUAGGUUACCACCGCCACCGUGUUCAUCGUCUUGCUUCUUCCACUCUCACUCUUCCCUUCACCAAAACGCACCGUUGCAAACUUCCCCCUCGAUCGCAUCUCCCUCAUCAGUUAACACCCACCCUAACCCUAAUUAUUCGUUCCCACCAAAAUGUGGUUCGCAACAUCCUCCCCUUCCUUCGUUCUCUUCCUUCCCACCACCAUCCCUUCUCUUCCCCAUUCCCUCCGCCCCCUCUCCUCCCUCCCUCGCCGCCCCCUCUCCGCCUCCCUCUCUUGGGCGCCUCCGUCCCCCGACCAGUCCGAUGACUUCCGCGGUUGGGCCCUCCCGGAGGCUCCUGCCCAUACCGACAACAAAGUUGCAGUGUUUCCUUCUUAUGCAGUUGUGGGCUUCGGCACUUCACUCGCUCUUCUACUCGCUUGUUUUGCUGCUUCCAGGAAAGGUUUUGAUUUUCGAUUCGCGAGGCCGUUGCAAGGGAUGUGGAGUGACGUGGAGACCAGGCGUUGUCAAAAGGACACCCCGGAGUUUGACGUUUCUGGUGGGAGCAAGUCAACGGCGUCCGAGGCCAGCACGGAGGACGUGCCUGAUACCCUUACGGAAACUGGUAAAUACGUAGCUGUAGAAAAACCUGAACGAGUUGUGAUCGCGGUUUCUGUGGAUUCUGCCCAAGAAGAAGCAUUGUCAGUCUUAAAGUCACUGAAGAUAAUUGAAGAUGACGUGGAAGCCAAUGAACUGUGUACCAGAAGAGAAUUUGCUAGAUGGCUAGUUAAAUUGAAUUCAUCCUUGGAAAGGAAUCCUAAACACAAGAUUGCUCCUAUAGUAUCACUUUCUGGGUCUGUAGUCAUUGCAUUUGAUGAUAUUGGUAUUGACGACCAGGACUUCAAAUCCAUACAAGUUUUAGCAGAAGCCGGUGUGAUCCCCAGCAAAUUAUCUUGGAACAACAGUAGUGGAUCUGACGGUCUUGAAAACAUGCACUUUUUUCCUGAUAGAUUCAUCUCACGACAAGAUCUAAUAGACUGGAGAGCUCAGUUGGAGUAUGAUUUUUCUUCUGGGGUAACUGGCCAGAUAUCAAUUAAAAAAGCAGGUUAUAUGGAUGUGAAGCGGGUCACUUCUCCAGCAGUUUAUGUGGACAUGUUGGCAGGGGAUAGGAGUAUACUUAGAACAGUGUUUGGACAGAGCAAGCGAUUUCAGCCAAACAAGCCUUCCACAAUAGCACAAGCGGCAGUGGCUCUGACAAGUGGUAGGAUGAAGGAAGCAAUAUCGGCUGAAUUGUUGAGAAUAGAAGCCGAACAUUCUGCCAGGCAGGCUGAGGCAGAAGAAAUCAGAUCUGAGUUGCUUAGUCGAGGAGACAUACAGAGGUUUUGGGAUGAGAAGCUUAAUGAUGAGAAAAACCGUGGUUUAGAUGUAGAGAGGCUUUAUCAUAUGGAAGUAAAGAAUUUGGAAGAAGAGGAGAUCAAUCAAGAUAAGUUAUAUACUGAGUAUUUGAAAGAAAAGUCAGCUAUGGAUUGUCAGAAGCAGUUGCUGCUUAGCUUGAAGAAAGAAGUUGAUGAGAUAUCAGAAAAGGUUGCAUCUGAGAGAGUCAUAUAUGUAGAUGAAAGGCUUGUAGUACAGAAUUUGCUUAAAGAUUUAGAAUUCAAGCUUGAAGAAUUGCUUGACACCAAAUCCACUCUAGAAGCUGAAAAAGAAGCUCUUCAGAUUCUUAGAUCUUGGGUGGAGGACGAGGCAAGGAGAAGCCAAGCUCGGGCAGCUGUUCUCGAAGAGGUAGGGCGAAGAUGGAAAUGGGAUGACCAAGCUUGAUUGGGGACACGUCCUACUAAAUGUAAAUUAACAUAUCUACAUAUACCCUAAUAGCAUAAAUCCUUUAGGUGUGAGAGCGGAAAGGGUUAAGGGUGAUGAUGAGCUUUAUCCUUCGUUGUUAAUACACAUUCAAAAAGGAAAUUGUUGAUGAGAGUUGUUUUAAUUCCCGUGGUCCAAACAGAUUUUCCAUCCCUUUCGUGAGUCGGAUUGGGAUGGAGGAGGGAACACAGCCCGUCUUGUCUUAUCUACUCAGUUCUGUGUGGAUCCAGAUUACCUAUUUUUAUGUUUUGGAAGCUUGAACUGGAAUAACUGCAUAAUGUCGGACAUCUAUACAGGAGAUAGCCAUUUUUGUUCUCCAGUGAAGCCUAUUCUAUUUUAGUGUGCUUUUAAUUUUGUUUUUGUCCUAAUACUGUGAUAAUAGAUGAAACCUUGAUCUGUUCUAUGGUUACCGUAAAUUAGAAAGAUUUAUAUUACAACUUUUAUACGUUUUA